AACGUUUGAUACAAACGUUUCAGGUCGUCUUGCUUUAUGAAGACUUGACGGAGCAAUCGCGCAUUGACUCGUGAUGGGGAGAGUUUUCCUUGUUUCGUUUUACGAUCAACUGAGUUUCGUGAGUCACGCGCAAAGAGAGUUUCUUUCUUCGAUCGAUUUCUUUAGUUAAAUAAAAUGAGUGGCAUUGUGGAAGUAGUUGGGACUUUUAAUUGGAAAGCUUGCGAGAUUUUGUCAAAUUGCAAUUGAGAUCGAAACUUUCGACAAGUUAUAAAGCUAUAUCUUUAAGUAGGUAGGUAUUUAAAUUCUGAAUCUUUCCUGAAUUCUGAAGUUAAGAAAAUUACGUAUUCGAAGGCAAAUGACUUGAAUAAUAAGGACGAAUAUCGAAACUUGAAAAAAUAUUUCAAGCCAGGAAAAUAACAGAUUCACCGAUGCACUCACUUCAGAGUUUAGUUUCUACUAUUUGAAGUAAUAUUUCACCUACUGGUUUAUUCUAGAAGGUUGAGAAAAGUGGUCUUUUGAGAGAAACAAGGGCCCCGAUCAGAUCUGCUUAGAACAGAUAGACUUAUUCCACUAGCUCCACUGUCAGUAGUACGAGUCGUUUUUAGUCAGACCAUCGAACAGAAAAUAUUCCCAAAAUAAAGCAGAUUGGUUUCAAAGUUGACCAAUACAAUCAUUGCAUUCGUGUCUCAUUACAGUGCUAAUGAAGUUUCAAAAUAUUUUAUCCAACACAUACAACACGGAUAUAAAACUUUUCAAUGAUCUACGAUGGCGUGAGAGCGAAAUAUCCCUCGGUUCUCGACAGAGUACAACCCGUAAGGGGUGACGUGAGCCUGCCAAAUCUAGGUCUCUCGCCGGAAGACAGGAAUCUGUUGCUGAAGAAAGUGAACAUAGUGUUCCACAUCGCUGCCACGGUAAGAUUCAACGAGCCGCUGAGGUCGGCUGUUAAUAUGAAUACGAAAGGCACUGCUCGUAUCAUCGAACUGUGCAAGGAACUGAAACACGUAAUCAGCAUCGUCCACGUUAGCACAGCUUACAGCAACGCGAAUCUACCGCAAAUCGAGGAGAAAGUAUACACCACGAGUUUGGAACCUACUACGGUGAUCAACAUGUGUGACAAACUGGACAUCGAAUUGAUCAACAUGUUAGAGAAAAAGAUCUUGGAAAUUCAUCCGAACACGUACACGUUUACGAAGAAUCUCGCAGAGCAGAUUGUAGCUAGCGACAGCAAAGGUUUGCCAGUUGCGAUAGUACGACCAAGUAUAAUCGGUGCCUCGCUGGAAGAACCGUGUCCUGGCUGGCUAGAGAAUAUCUUUGGAGUUACAAAUAUCUUUCUGCAAAUCAGCAAAGGUUCUGCGAAAGCUAUAUGGGGCAGGAAGGACGCGAGAUUGGAUGUAGUACCUGUGGAUUUCGUAGUCGACACGAUAAUGUGCGCUGCAUGGCACGUCACCCUACAUCAUAGCGAUAAUGAAGUAAAGGUUUACAACUGCACGAGUAACGCGUACCCUCUUAAAUGGGGUCAGAUGAAAGAUGCCAUCGUUAAAUGUAGCAUAGAAACGCCGCUGAACGGUACGCUAUGGUACCCGGGUUGUCCGAUGAUAGCUAACAGAUAUAUUUACAACGCCCUCAACCUAAUCCUGAACGUUCUGCCUGCGUUCGUCAUAGACAUCUUUUUAAGAUUUCGCGGUAAUAAACCAAUAAUGAUGAAAAUUGUCAAAUAUUGCCAUCAACUCAUAACAGUGACAGCGUAUUUUACCAUGCACGAAUGGACCUUCCAAAGGGAUAACAUUACCGACAUGGUAAAGAAAGUGAAAACGUUGAAAGAUGGCAAUGUCGUGAAACUAGACUUGCAGGAUAUGAAUUGGGAGAAAUAUAUAGCAACAUACAUGAUGGGAAUUAAGAAAUUCAUUCUGAAAGAAGAUCUUGCAUCUAUGGAUGCUGCCAGACAACGAUUAUCAAAGUUGUAUUGGAUACAUCAGACAGCUCAAAUAUCCGCUAUAAGCUUUUUACUAUGGAUAAUAUUACGUGUUACGUACUAAUCAUUUAAACGUUAUUCCUUCUAUUUAAAUGAAAAAAAAAGUAAAUAAGAUUUUAUGAAAAAAAGGAUUCAUCAUCCGCUUCAUUUAUAAUCAGGUCACUUCAUUUAUAAUAUUGCAUGUUUUGUCUACAAAAUUUUAAUAAGGAUACAUGUAUUUAUACGCAUACGCUUUGAAAUUUGUAAACAAUUCAUACAUGACAAUUUCUAUACUUCAUGCUGUUUGAUGUACAAUAUUUGCGAAUUCUUGUGUGUUAUCUUUGAAUACACGUAUCUUCGAAGAUCCUUCCAUUAAAUUAAAACGCAAAAUAAAAUAUGCUGAAAUAUUUAAUUAUUAAUUUGUUCGCAAAGAUUCUACGUCAUGCCUUUGUAUAACGCUAAGCAACAAAACAUAAUUAUAUAGGGAAAGAUAAUAAUAUAUACAACUAAUAUUUUGUAUAUUAUAUCUAUUUGCGAAAUAUAAACAUUUUUCCGCAUGAUAAUACAAA